ACCACGGGCACACAAUCUUCCGUAUCUGCUUGCCAAUAACAUUGUACUCGCGCUCUAGGGGAAUAUAAAGGCGAGACAGCCUGACGAAGUAUCAGUUCCUCUGUCCGCUAUGGGGAUAUCGUACUGGGUCUGUUUCGCCUGUCUUAUCGUCGCCUGCUCCGCUGAUGGAGCCCCGACGACGGAAGAAGACAUCCAGGAGCUGUCGCAGGGUCACUGGGAGAAGAGGUCUAUCGGAAAACACAAGAAGGAUAAACACGGACACAGACAGGAAGAGGAGGAAAUAAAGGAUGAAGUUGACUACCAUGAAGGACACAAAUUUAAAAAAUCAAAGGAUAAGAAACACCAGAAGCCGAUUCUUGUGGAGGUGGAGGACUCUGAGCCGUUCUCCGAGGAGCAUAUAGAGUCCUAUUCGGUGCCCAUACCGGUUCCUGUGGACAGGCCGUACCCAGUUGAGGUAAAGGUGCCUGAACCUCAGCCCUACCCCGUGUACAUCCGCGAACCAUAUCCCGUGUACGUCGUUAAAGUUACCAAGUCACGGCCGCAAUCAGUUUAUGUCCCUGUUAAGGUCCGCACCAAGUAUGAGUAUGUGAGCCGUCCCUAUUUCAACUGAAGGUCCCUGCAGGUCACUGCAUGAUGUACUCCAUGUGCUAUGGGUACAAGGGUGCGUCAUCGCUAGUUAGUGACGUAACCGUUA